AUGACCUCCAAUUCAUUACCGCCCUCUCCUGCUUCCCUGAGUAUUGAAGAUCAUAGCACAAUAUCGGCCUCGCCAAAUGCUACCAAGCUUUAUGGUCAGCUUCUACAGCCCACACAACCAAAAUAUGACGAUAUCGUCUCCCGUGGGAUACUAAAAGAAUCCGAAGGCCGGAAGCUGUUCCAAUUAUAUAUGGCCAAUGCCAAUGUUUUCCUCCCAUUCUUCGACUCGACUGUGGAUACGUUUGACGCUCUUCGUCACCGUUCAACCUUCUGCUUCACAGUUGUUCUUGCGAUCGCAUUAAGAGCAGACCGCCCACGAACCGACCCCGUCAGCAAGAAGUGCUUCGAAGAGGCGCAGAGCCUUGCCGCCCGGAGUCUGUUUGCUAUCUCCACACAGCUGGAAACCGUCCAGGGGAUGAUCUUGCUUUCGGCCCAUGCAGAGAGGAACUGGUUCGCUAUCAGUCACGCAUAUCAGAUGGGCAAGGCGCUACAGCUGCCCGAGCUUCUUCCUCGGGAGGGUGAGGCGGAAGAUAGCCAAGAACUGCGCCCCAAACUUUUUGGUGAUAGGCGAUCCAUUCGACGGAUAAGAACGGCCUUGAUCCUUCAUCAAGUAGAGCACGAAGUCGCAGGUGGGACAGCUCGCCAAUCCAUCGGUAACGCUGUGAAGUCGUCCUUUCUCGAAUCUUUUCUUGGCGGCGCUUUGUCUUGUACCCGAGACAUGAGGAUUGUGGCAAAUAUUGAAGUCGUACAGUUGCGAGAUAUGACAGGUCGACUUCUUAAGGAGCUGGAGGUCCGUGACAGCCUUGAUGGAACUGUAAGCAACAUCGUCAGUCAUUUUGAAAUCAACACUUGGUUUAAUCGAUGGGACAGUGUCUUCCAAGACCAAGACUACGGUGUGAGCAGCUUCCAGCGAAGCAGCAUUCGUUUACAAAGAGACUACGCAUUCAUCAUCAUCUGCAGCGCCUUGAUUAGUAAAUUAAGCGAGGGGAACGCUGAGAAAAUUCAUCCUGGAUCGGUGACAGAUGAAGUGAAAGAUCUGAUCGAGGUCACCCUAAUGCGAAGCAUUAAAAUCCUAGGCUUCAUAACCGACGACAAUGAUUAUAAAUGGUAUUUACAAUGGGCACCCACGUACUCAGCUUUGUUUCCUGCGUUUACUGCCGCUCUCGCAUUUCGACUAGCGAAGAUACUUCCUGGCUUUCUCGACUGGGAAAAGCUUUUGUCGUCAUUUGUCUCGGUGGCAGAUAUCCUCGGAGAAUACCCCUAUCAAACGUAUUCCACCAUUAUCCUGAAUCUUGCGAGACUUACCGCCUCAUGUAUGAAGACUGCCACGAGUCCGACAUCGACCUCUGUUGCCCAAGUGGUGGAUAACUCCCAACCUCAAAAUACUACGUGGUCAGAGGCAGCCGGUGACGAACAUACACAGACCGAGAGACACGCCAUCAUGGGUGGAGAAUCAAGCAGCGGCCUUAAUACCCAAUGCGACGUCCCAGCAGAUGACUUCGUUUGGCCUUCCGGCCCUAUCUCGCAAUGUGACUUCCCCGAAGGAAGUGCGGCCGCAGGUGGCGACCAGUUAGAUAUGUAUGCUUCGUUUGGUAUACCUGAUAAUUCUUUCGACUUCAGUCUAUUUGCGGCAUCUGUACAGGAUUAUAUGGACGUUGACGACUCUAUCAUUAGAUGA